GUUAUCACAAUUAUCAGAUAUAUUUAUAUGUAUAUAAUCGUAUCGUUGUUUACGGUUGAAGUAUUUGUGAUUCCUGUAUAAUAGAUUGCGAGAUAUAAGUUUUUCGAAUUUAAUGUGCGAGUGAAUUUCUGCCGGAAACUCGCGAAACAUGUCGAGAGCCGUAAUAACAGAUGUACAGCAACCUGAUCCUAAGUAUCGAAGACAACAGGAAAUGUACUUGACGCCAGAGGAGAUGAGGGCAAUGCGACAAUGCGUGAAAAACUCUAGUAGCCUUGCGCCGACAAUAAUUUCUGCAGCCAUAGGAUAUGGGAUAUGUAAGAUGACUCCAUUUCACGCAAAUGCCAAAUAUGUCGCCCUAGCUAGUAGCGUAAUAGGUAUGAUAAUGAGUAGAUUAAGCGCUGUCAACUCGUGUAUGAUAAAAGUCGCUUCCAUGCCGGACAGUCACAAUCUUCGAGAGAAAAUGAGACAAGUGGGGUAUCUUGGAAAUGUCUCUCCUUAUAGAGAGGCAUUAUAUUAUCAAGGUCCUCAAUCAGAAGUUCAAAGCCCAGCAGAAUCAUCUGCGGAGAUACAAUUCGAUGAUUACCCACCGAUGAAUUCAUACGAUACGUAUUCCAGUAUCAAUCCAGACAACAGUGAUUUCAACGUCUCCGAGGACACGGAUUUGUCCAAAUCGAUAAAUAUACAAAAAGAGGUCAGUUAUGAAGAGUUGAGGCAUCAAAAUAGAGAUGAGUUCUAUAAGAAACAUAAACAGUAUACUCCCAAAACAAGAGAACUUCCAGUAACGAAAGAGACAAGCGAACAGGUUCCCACAACCAGCAGCCGAUCACCAAUGCAAAAGGAAACUAAAUACGGUGACGUGUGGGAUUAAAAUUAAAUUUCGUUGGAGUAGUAUAGUUUGAUGAUCACCGCGUAUUAUGGAUAUUAUAUGUGUAUAUUAUGGAUAUUAUAUGAAUACAUAGACGG